AUGGCCCUCCCCGAAUGGGCGCUCUCCCUCCUCCACCCCUGGCAAUUCAUGCUCAUCUCCCUCUCCUUCCUCCCCGCCACCCUCCGCGCCGAGUCCCUAUCCACCAUCCUCUUCCACCCCUCCCGACUCCGCGCCGCCUGGUUCGGCCGUUUCUGGGCCUUUGUCGCGCCCAACGUGCGCACCCAUGCCGAACCACAUGUCGUCCCGCUGCUUCAGGGGCGCGUGAGCGCGGGCGUUGUGCCCCGCCACCAGGAUUCUUCUGUUCAGGGAGGCGAUGACAGCGACGAAGACCGGUUACACCAUCCACCCGUGAGCGGUACAGUCCUGGAAAUCGGUCCCGGUUCAGGCAUGUGGGUGUCCCUCUUCACACCACGCUUCCUCAACCCCAACGCCUCCAAAGACACGCCCCCAAUCACCAAAAUCUACGGCAUCGAGCCCAACGUAGGCGUGCACCCCCUCCUCCGCGCCCAAAUCGCCGCCGCCGGUCUCGACACCCCCAGCCCCGCCAAUAACAACAGCACCUACGAAAUCCUCCCCGUAGGCAUCGAAUCCCUGGCCUCGUCCGGGCGUGUGGCCCCGCAAAGCGUGGAUUGCAUCGUCACGGUACUCUGUUUGUGCAGUAUCCCACAGCCGAGGGAGAAUAUCGCACAGCUGUAUGGGUAUUUGAAGCCUGGGGGACGGUGGUAUGUGUAUGAGCAUGUGAAAUGUUUUCGGGAGCAAGGGUGGGGGAUGAGGGCUUAUCAGGCGUUCCUCAACCUCUUCUGGCCCCAGUUUAUCGGCGGUUGCGAAAUGUGUCGCGACACCAAUACCUACCUCAAGGAGGCCGGUCCCUGGAGCAACGUUGACGUGCACCGCAUGGACGAUGAGCUCUGGUGCUAUACCAUGCCGCACAUAAUUGGCGUUCUCACCAAGUAA